AUGUCUGCUUUCGAUCUGACAAACCAGAGCAUGCAGUGUGCAAGGCCCGAGACGGAUUAUGCCAUCCCACGGAUGAAGCUGAGGGAUGAGACGUUUGUCUUUAUCGAUGGUAAGUGGGUGAGCGAGAUGUACUGCCAGCCACCUUUUGCUCCCCAUCAGAAACUCUUUGGCAAGAAGGCACAGAAUGAGUGGAGCAUCUGGGAGGAGAACAGAGCACUCUGGGAGGAAAACCAAGUCCUCCGGAUUGAGAACAGGAUGCUCUGGGAAGAGAACCAGGCUCUACAAUGUCUCCUGUCUCAGAACAAAACUGUCCAGGUUAUUUACAAUGAUGCCAUCCAGCAAAGCCUCCAGAAGGAGAAGCUCUUCCCGUUCUUUCAGGAGAGGAACUUAGGCUUCCAGGUUAGCCCGAGCAACAAAGCUCUACAGGUGGUCAGGGAAAAGAACAGAGUCUUAGAGGUUUUCCAGCAGGAGAAUAAAACUCUUCCCAGCAUCUGGAAAGACCAAAAAGUCGUUGUGGUCCAUGAAGAGAGCAAAGAUGCCAGCUCAGCUCGGAAAGACGCUGAAGCUACCAGAGCUGUAGAAGAAGGCAACCUUGGCCCAGUGCCCCAGCGGGAACACGAAGCUAAAGCAGAGAGCAUCACUCCAACCCAGAGUGAGAGCAAGGCUGCCCUGAGCACGCAGGAUGAUCAUGAGAUCCUCCAGGCUCUCCACGACCUACACCAGAUCCUCCAGGUCUUCCUGAGAGAGAACCGCCUCCCUGGGGACAGAGAGAGACCUCGUCCUCUCCACGACGAGGGGAGAUUCUACCAGGAAGAGUACAAGAAAUUGAAACUACAGCUGAAUGCUGUGAAAAACACCGUGUCAGACAUUACGGCUCAAAUGGAAAUGCUGGAAAAAGAGCUCAUUGCCUUCACUUUCCCAAUGUACGAAGAAGCAGGACAGAAGCUGGCAAAUAAGUGUCAGCUUGGAGCCAUGUGA